GUCAAGCCGUGGAUACGAGAACGUGCUAACAUAAACAACAAUCUAGCACUGCUGUGAACAGGUAAUAAAGGGUUCGUGGACUGGGGAUACCCUCAAAGUAGGGGCGUGGCCACCUCUACCGCCGGGGAUCGAGAGUGCGGAGCCGACAGAAUUCUAUCAGUGUUUGUGUUGUUAGUUGGCUUCGUGACUGACUGUACAGUACUGAUAUCAGUUUGGAGCGCGGAAGUGUUGUUUGCCCGCAUUGAACCCUGAGCAAGGCUGCGAAUAUUAUAAAAUAUGGGGAAAAUCGACAAUUUAAUUCAAUCAGUUCCCCUUCCCCUGGACCUUGGUGAAAAAGUCCGGAAACAUUUGCCACCCGGCACUGGGGAAUAUUCCGUAGGAUGUUUGGAUUGUGAUCACACGUCAGACCCCCUCUCGGAUACAGGGGCAUUGUUUCGUCUGUAUUACCCCAUUGAAAAGACCGAUAUUAUCAAACGUCACAAACAAUGGCCACUGUGGUUACCUAGGAGACAGUACAGUGAAGGAUUUGCACAUUAUCUCAAAUUGAAUACAAAAGUGUUUGGGAAGAUAUUCAAAUGGCUGGCUGGCGAUGUCUAUAUACCAGCAUUAUGGCAGAGUCCUCCUUGUGCCAACGGUCUGAAGUUCCCAGUGGUCAUGUUCAGUCAUGGCAUCGGCGGUAACAGAACGACCAACUCCACGAUGUGUACUGAACUGGCCUCACAAGGGUUCAUUGUGGCUGCAAUGGAACACAGAGAUGGAUCAGCAUCCAUGACCUAUGAACUAAAGCCAAAUGAGAAAGGGAAUGUGGAAAUUGUAGAGGAAGCAGAAAAACCACAACAAAAACAGAACCGCCACAAACGUAACCACAGUUUCCAUGGUUACAAUACAACAGACCCAGAAUGGAAACCAUUUGUACACUACGAACCAUGGAACGAAUUUGAGUACAGGAAUAAUCAGGUGAAGAAGAGGUCAUGCGAGUGCUCAGAAGCUUUAAAUAUUUUGACAUCUCUAAACCUCGGGUUCGAAGUUCACAAUACCCUUGGGGGCAAUUUUAAUAACAAACUGUUCAAGGACCGUAUGGAUUUGUCAAAAGUGAUCAUGAUUGGGCAUUCCUUUGGUGGUUCAACCAGUCUACAUACGCUGGCACACGACAAACGAUUUAUUAUUGGUGUGGUGUUGGAUGGCUGGAUGCACCCUGUAGGUGAGGAGGUAUAUGCUGGAAUCACACAGCCAACUCUUCUACUCAAUAUGGAGAGUUUCCAGUGGAAGGAAAACAUCGAACAGAUGCUGAAAAUCCAGAAAAACCAGACAGAAAAACACAUGAUUACUCUAAAAGGUGCAUGUCACCAGAGUGUAACAGAUUUUCAGUUCAUCGUGGGGAAACGACUCGCUCGGUUUAUGGACUGUCGACAUAUCAUACACCCACGUGUCUCAUUGGACCUCUGUAACAAGGCCGUCCUCAGCUUUGUGUGGAAGCAUUUAGGAUCUGAAGAUCGAGAAAUCCAUGAAGAUAUUUUGUCUGGUGAACACUCGCUCAUUAUAAAAGGUACCAAUGUCAACAUGUCGUGAUGCUGGGCGGAUUCAAUCGCAUUAUUCCAUGUCGUGAUGACAGACGCUUUAUAUUUAUUUAUUUACUACAAGCAUUUUGUGAUAUAUUAUCAGCCUUAAGUUGAGUAAAACAGAAUUAAUUGUUAUUGUUUGUUCUAUAACUUUACAAUUCCAAACAACAUAUGUACCAUUGGUGAUUUCUAGAAUUCAUCCAGAACAGGGUUCAUGAAAUACUUGACACAUGACAUGAAGAAAUGUUUUGCUGAUUUCCUAAAAGCCUAUAACAAAUUUCACCAAAUUUGAUUAUUUUAUUUCAAAUAAAGAAAGAGGAGUAGUUAAUAGUUCACACUAGUUAAAAAAAAAUUCUUCUAAAUUUGAUGUUAGUAAACAUUAAUUAAUUAAAUUAAAUUAGCACUGUGAACAUAUCAUUAGCACAAAUUUUCAAAUAUCAGAAAUACAUUCAGAAUAAGGAUGUGUGUGUGUAUUGAUAUUUUAGAUAUGAAUAGUUUGUGAGGUUAUUCUGAGAGUUAAUAUGCUUCAUUCAGAAUUCAAAAUUGAAUUUAUCAAUAUUGCUACUUCUAAGAUGUCAAAAUUCUUACUUCUAAUUUAUCAAUAUUGGUAUUUCUAAUUGAUCAAUUUUGGUAAUUCUGAUUUAUCAAUAUUGGUAAUUCUAAUUUAUCAAUAUUGGUAUUUCUAAUUUAUCAAUAUUGGUAUUUCUAAUUAAUCAAUUUUGUUAAUUCUAAUUUAUCAAUUUUGGUAAUUCUAAUUUAUCAAUAUUGAUAAUUCUUAUUCAUGAGAUUUGGAAAUCUAACUUACCAGGUAAUCCAUUUGUCUAAUCUUAUGAAGAUCUGUUUUAUCCACACAUGACAUUGGUGACCAUAAAAGUUUGUUACCGUGGUAACCAGUCGUCUGUGGAAGGUCACGUUAGUGACACCCAUUAAUGUCUUUCAAUGUUAACUUUAGUUGUAAACCACAACAUGUCAUUAUUUUUGUUGUCUGUUUAGUUUAUACAAUGUAAUUGGUUAAGACAUGUUUCUGUAUAUCCAAUUGUUAUUUUAUUGAUUUUCUUGCUUACUUCAUUGUUCUUUGAAACAAUGACCACCAUGAAAAGAUAAAAACCAAAUGUUUUCACAUUUUGAUUCAGUUUAUAUAAUAUCAGAAAUAUGCAGGGUACAUUUUAAAGAUACAAUUCAAGGUGAAAUGUGUAAACCUAGGUUUUUGUAAUUUUAUAACAUUUAUCUUACAUAGUGAACCUGUUGUUUGUGUUAGAGUUACUUCCCUUGUAUCUGUUAAUGAUAUUAUCUGGUAAUUGAAAACCUUUCACAUGACCAAAUGACCAUUGUUUACUAUUUGUAAAGUACAGCUUUUGUUAUAUAGGAGUCUCCAUUUCAUAUAGAAUUUGUGAACAAAUCAUUUUUUUUCAUCUCACUAAGCUUCUGGCAAAUUGGAAGCCCGUACUUUGUAGAUGUUGGUAGAUUGGUUGUAAAUUUUCAUCUCUCAGGUAGACUUGAAAUUUAAAAUCUUGACAAUAUGGUUACAUUUUUUUAAUACAUGAACUAUGACUGCAAUGUUUACAAAGAUAGCAAUUAGUCUGAUUUUUUUACCUUUUUUUUUUUAAUGAAAUGCCUUCCCAAAAAUCUACAAAAAUUGGUAUACAGAUGUAUUUCAAUUUUGAUAUUCAUGGAUUUAACAACUUGAAUUUCUACAAAAGAAACUCAAACGGGAGCAUGUUGUAUGAACAAGAAUUUAAAAAAAUACGACAUUAUAUGUAGAUGUAUUUCACCCCACAAGUCUGUCUCGGAUCAUUAGUUGUGUUCAUCAUACUCAUUUAUUAGUUAUACAAACAAACUAAUCAACAGCUUUUACUUUAUCAAUGCAAAUACUUGUCUCUAUUAUAAUGACUAACACAUCAUUGUUCUUUUUUCAUCCAUAUUGUUUUGUUUGUGCCAUGUCAGUUUUUUACCAGUUGUGAUAAACUCUGUUAUAUAAGGUCACAAGACCAAACAAGUCUGUACAAACACAAGGAAUUCACAGUUACCUCCCCUAUGGCAUAACCCUAACUUAGAUAACCAAAUACAUGAUAUUGCGACAUUGUUAUACAAAAUCUGAUUAACAGGACAUUUUCAAUAUGAAGAAUUAUUUCCACCUAAUAACUUCUAUUUAUAGAAAACCAGUAUUGAAAACAGUAAUGUAGAGCAAUCCUUGCCCUGGCUUUGUCAAUGUUUCUCAACUUCAGGAAAUUCCUAAACUUAAAAAUUUACCAUAGGAAAACAUUGUUAUCACUAAGGAAAACAUCUUAGAUAAGGAACUUACCUCACGUGUAAUGCAUUGCUAUGAUAAAUGGUAAUCCUACGCCAGCCCUCCUGAGUUCUGAAUAAAAUCAAACCUGGUAAGUCACCUGUUAGUAAAAUAUUACUGGUUCAUUCAAAACAUUAUUGACAUAACACCUGUAUUUUGUAAUGAUUUACAUUCUGAGGGUGAUUAAUUCUUACAAUUUUUAUAAAGAAAUCUUCAUAUUUUUGAUGUAAUAUAGUUGUUCAUAUGAAUAUUGCCCUGGUGCUUUUAAGGUUGUAUAAUUCUGCUCCUUUGUUUUGAGUUAUGUAAAAAUGUCCUUUUGUCUAUUAAUGGGGACAAGGUUCAUUAUUUUCAAAACAGACUCAAAUAAAACUGUUUGUAUUGGGCACUAAGCUAAUGUCUGUGAAUAAGCCCAAGAUAUUCACAAGAAAGGAUUUGAUAGUAUUUACACUACUGAAUGUAUUCAAAUACACAAUACUACUGUAUUUUGGAAAUAUUUAUGAUUCACACAUGUGUAUGCACACCUACCUACACAUUUAUUUUACUUAUGUGUGUAAAUCAUUGUAUCAAACUUUAUAACUGAUUAUCAAACAAAACUUUUUAAAAUCUUGCCAUUUUUUAGAUUUUUUUUUUUACUGAAGUUUUGUACAGGUUAUAAUCACCAGUUUUGGCAUUUCAGAAUCUGAAUGGUUUUAUUUCAAAUCUUAAACAUUUGAUAGAUACUAACAAUGAACAGGAACACAGAACAGAACUUAAG